UUUGAGCAUAGCGUGUUGCUCAACUGUAUGACGAGAUGGCUCCUGUAAAACUGAAGAACAUUGUUUCAUUCAGCUCUCAAGAUGCAGACCAUUGUGCAAGAAACCUGCUUGAAACCAACCAAUGGAGACGAUGGCUGUGUGCUCCCGGUGACCGCUCUGGAUCAGUUCAAGUUGAGUUUCAGUUGGAGAGAGCUGUUAAGAUUGGAUUCAUAGACAUAGGGAACUAUGGUUCUGCAUUGAUUGAGAUUCUAGUGCGUCGUUCCUCAGCAUCCGAUGAUCAGUUUAAGACUCUGGUACCAACCACAAGCUGUAUGACACCCAUGGAUAGCAAGCAAGGCAAAAACAAGACCGGAGUUAAGAUGUUCUCUAGAGAUCAGCUUUGUGAGGAUGCUCGAGAGGAGUAUUGGGAUAGAAUCAAGGUGGUUUGUAGACAGCCUUUCAAGAAAGAUACUCAGUUUGGUCUCGCUUUCAUCAAGAUCAGUUCGAUGGAGCAGAAGGAGACGGGUGGUGAAGAUAGACAGACUGAUAACAUGCAUACGGAGAUAAAGCAGCCGGUCCAGAAGCCUAAGCCUGUCCAGAAACCACAAGAUAGACCCUCAAUCCUAUCACCGUCAUGGAAGUCAAAUGCAGCUUUCCAGAAAACGUUUAAUAAUAUCAAUCAAGGAGAGAGUACUGCAACAUCAGACCUGAAGGACAGACUGGUCAGGAUAGAGUCUACAUCAGAGUCUAAGUCUCAGAGUGGACAUUCCUUGGGCAGAGCUGCUCAGCUGAUCCUAGCUGCAUCAGGAAAGAGAUCAGCGCCCUCUUCUCCCUCUCAGACCGCACCAAUCAACAAAGAGAACCCAUCAGCAUCAUCACCAUUAGCAACCACCCCAACAGCAUCAUCAUCAUCAUCAUCAUCCACGUCGAUCAAGAGAGGAAGAGGAAAGAACAAGAUAUCUGUUUUAGAGCAGCCGCCUGAUGAUGCAGUGGUUCUUCUUGAGGAACAGGUCAAGGAAUUUUUGGCCCACAUUGGCCCAGCGUUAAAAGAUGCUACUCUCACAGAACUGAGACCAAAGUUUGAGAGUUGUUUAGGUAGGAAGCUAGCAAAGAAUGAAAAGGCAAUCUUCAAGCGACUAGCGAUACAUGCUGUAGAAGCCUUGGAUGACCCUGCUGGUACUGAUAUACCUGACAUUGGACUAAGAAGGACUAGUAAAAAAGAGAAUGGAUGGUUACAAGCCAAACCCACCCCUAGUAUCCCAAACAUUGGACUGAGCAAUAAGGACAUUAACUCAGGAUGGUUACACGCCAAACCCUCUCCAAAUGAUGGACUCAGCAGGAAUAACAAGAACACUGGAAGUUUACAGUCAAAAUCUUCUUCUGUUUCUUCAAGCCCACCUUUGAGGGACAAUCACAGGGUCUCUUACCCUGGCUUCGAGCCCAAAGAGCCUGAGGUCAAAGGUCGUGACCUUCCAUCUUGGAUGAACUCACCUGCCGCUCAAUCUGGUGAGGGCAAACCAUGCCAUAAGUGUGGAGGAUUGUAUCCUGCGUCUCGUAUGAACGUACACAUGUUGGAUUGCCGAGGGAAACGUGAAUCGACAUCAGUCAGCUCAUCAGCUAGUCCUGCAACGCUCCUGAAACGCAGCGCCAACGCUCUAGUCCACGGACACCCUGGUGAUUCAUCCACUAAGAGACACAUUGGUAGUGCUGCUGGAGGAGUUACUACGGCAAUGGAUGGUGCAAUGGGGUAUGGGAUGGGGAUGGAUGGUAGUGAGGAAGACGUGUGUACUCCAAGGAGAGGAAGGCAAGGAAGUAAGCGUGGUGUUAAUGGUAGGACAGGCAGAGGGAGGGGUCGGAAUAACGAUGGUCAAUCGGGUUCUGCUUCCACCCCUGGACGAGGGCCUGGUCAGGGUAGGGCAAGAGGCCGGGGGAGGGGAAGAGGCCGAGGAGGUGCUAAAGCUGUGACAAAGAAAGGAAAGAUGCCUACUUCAGUAGAAUUUAUCGAUGCAUCCUUUAGUUCCGAUGAUGAAGAUGAUCGUGCCACACCUUCAACCUCUGGUAGAGGAAGGGGGCAGAGAGGAGGGCGUGGUCAACCCAGGGGUAGGGGAAGAGGUAGGGGUCGAGGAAGGAAUUCACCUUCUACUGACUUACCCAACCCAUGGACUAACGUCUCUCCCAGUAGAUCUGAUGUCACAGAUGAUGAGCUAGACAUCUCACAUGAUCCCGAGCCACGGAUGACUUUUGACCUGGUCCCCUGUCCGAUCUGCAUGCAGAAGUUUCCUCAGUACAGUAUAGAGACCCAUGCUGCCUUCUGUGGGGAGUCAGGAGGGCUGCCUGGUGGGGGGCCUGGCGGGGUGGGGUUGGGAGGGUUUGGGGCGCUCGGUGGAGGCUUUCUUAGGGAUGUUGAAGCAGCUAUUUGGGUUGAUUGAUGAAUGUGAGCUACCCUCAGAAUGGGGAAAGAGACAAAUUUGCAUCUUUUUUUUUUUUUUUUUUACUAAUGUCCAUAGAAAAGAGGUAUAUUGAAAAUUAAUUAGCUUAGGUAUGUGUAGUCAUAUUAUUGACAUGUCAAUAAAAACAUAAUCAAUAUUAUUAUCUAUACUGUUGUAAUGUAACGAAGGAUCACUGUAUUUUUAAUACAAAGACCGUUCUUUAGGGCAAUUAGACUACUUCUUAGUCCCAUAUGUGCAUGUGUGUGUUUGACGUUCAUAGUUUUGUGUGUAAUUUGUAGCAAGGUUAGCAAGUCUAAAUUUUGGCCCGAUAUUUAGACUAUAUCAAAGAUCUAAAUAUGCCCGAUACUUGAUUAACAGCCCUACUGAAACUUGGAACGAACCAUACAUCAGGAAAAUUAAUAUUUGCAAAUGUUUUUAUUGUCCCAUGAUAUUUACACCAUUUAUUUGUGACUCGUAACUCCAAAAAGCCUUGGGACUUGCUCGAUGCUAAGUAUAUACAAUCAUUUUGCUUAUCCCAACUUCCUGUCGGUUCAUUUACUACAUGAUCCAGAAAGUGAUGUAGCUCCAUGACAAGUUACUCUCAAAAUUAGUUUCACUGCGAGUAUUCAUGAUUAUAAUAGAACAACUUUAUACUACCUUUUCAUAUGUAGUAUCUUUUGCUUUUGCAUGAUAGAAAUCAGACCUAUCUAACAAAAGGUACGUGUUUGUUACUGAUAUUUCACAACCAAAAUCUCUUGCCAGCUUAUUGUUAUCAUGUCCCAUUCUUAAUGAACCAGAGAUGACUGAUGUUGCCAUUAAUAGAAUUCUCAAAACUUCUAUAUGUAUUUUUUUUCUCUAUUAAUCUUAAGUUGUAUAUGUACUGUACAUUAAAUCAAUAUUGUAUGAAUGUACUCGUUCUUUGUGUAUUCAAGUAUUCCUGUAGAUAUUAAACAUAAACACUGCAUGACUAGUCUAUAAUGAUAGAACUGUUAUCUAUAACCAUUAAUUGGAUUAACUCUGAAUAUACAAAAUGGACAUUUAUUUCUUACAAGCUGUUCCAAAAUGAUUGGUUACAGAAAAUAAGAAAGUAUAAUUAAUGAGAAUUCAUUUUGGUAAUAGGAAUAUAUUUAUCAGUAAUAUAAGAUUAGUAUGCCAGUACCCAUCAGUACUUCAAGUGUCAUCAAAAUUUGCUGUCAAACUUUUUGUGUCAUUAGAAACAUAGUUCAAAACACUUUGAGCUUUUCUAUUCUGUAUCUUUGAUGUACAUUGGUGACUGAAAAUAUUGUACAUGAAAUACAUUGUAUAUAUCUGUGUUGUACACAAUGUAUUUGCAUUAGGGUGGGCUCAAUAUCAACAGGUGUCUAGAACACAUGGGUGCUUAUAAUUAGUUUGGAACCCCCCCCCCCCCCCCCCACCAUUUCAAAAUUGUAAUGUGGGCUGCUCAUCGAUACAGCCUUCAAAACGUCCAACCCAGGCCUCCUACUAAAAAUAAUAAAAUUAGUGUGGAGCCCUACGUAGAAUUACCGGUAAUAAAUAACAAUCUAAACAUGCUGUAUCAUAAAACAUUGAACCAUUUCAACUUCAUCUCUCAGCCUCGCUACGACUCUUAACAAAAAUAGACAAAUAGAAACUGAUUGGAUCAUGUGGUUGUUUCAGGAAAAUCAUUUGUAUUUAUUCCAAUUACUCUAUCAUGGUUAAGUAGAAUAAAAAUAGCCUUCUUAAUAUAAACAUGUUUAUCUUUUUACCAUUUGUAAAUAGUAUUUAUUUCCUUCAUUUAUAAACAUAAAAAUUCAUUUAAAUGUACAGUAAAAUGUUUUAAAUUAAAUAAAUCUUGUUUAAUCUAUCAAGAAUGGUUGUCUGUUGUGUGCUAACUCUACAUUAUGACCCUACU